AAGGAGCGAAGAGACAAACAACCCUUGAGCCGAAUUAACACCUGAUGUGUUUAGCUGUAGAGAUACUCAACGUUAUCAUUCUCUAAGCAUCAGGGAAACAACUAUUUUUUCCUACGGUACGCUUUUCGGUUAUUGCAACAUUUUAUUUGAGACUAAUCGUUUUUUCUUAACAAAGACGGUGGAAGAAGAAGUCAAGUGAUUGGAUAUCAAACUGAAGUCUGUCCAACAAUUGUUACAUUUUAAGAGGCAGCCAUGAAAUUACUGUUUACUUUAUUUAUUUUUUAACUUGAAUACUAUGGGGGACUGCACAUUUUCAACGUCUUUCACAGAGCUGUUGAAUAUUAUAGCACACGCUAUUCCACAUGUAGGCUAAUUAAGACCAAAAGCAGUCAUCACAAUGUUAGGGACCGGCGAACGUGGUAUAUGCAUUGCUUGAAGAAACUUUUUUUUGGAAGAAAAUGUGGAUUGGAUCGUGCUCUAUUUUUUGAUUAUUAUUUUUAUGAGCCAAACGGAUUACCUUUACGCAGUUCCGUUCCAAAAUGGUUCUGAACACCGUCUCCACGAGAGACACAGACAAUUCUGCGGGAAGUUCUGCAGAAAAUCCUGGCCAGGAAGCCAGCCAAGCGGAUGAUGGAGUGGCAAGGACCCACGAAGUGACCGUGCGCCAGGUGGGCUACUGUUUGUGCCUGCCGCGCGUACUGCGCCUCACCUUCGCGCCCGUUUCCCUGGAGCGUCUUUAUCAGACGUACUUCCGCCAACAACGGCAAGAAACCAUCCCAGUGUUAGUGCUGUUUGCUGCUCUUUUCAACAGUUACAUCAUCAUCAUGUGUGCCGUGGUGUACACUGAGGACAAAUUGGCGAUGGUGGUGGUGGCCGCCGUAGGCCUGGCCCUUGACCUUAUCUUUUACGCACUUAGUCAUUUUCAGAAAUUCCCUAAAGCGCCGGUUGCUCGGGGCGCCGUGCCCUAUGUACUGUGGCUCAUGGUAGCCGUCCACGUCCUGUGCUACAUGCGUCUGAACUACAACCGCUUCGCGCACGCCAGUGACUCCGUGGGUUGGCAGGCGUUUUUUAGUUUCUCCUGCUUUCUGACGUUACCCCUGAACUUGGUCCCGCUCAUCCUGCUCACGGCGCUCUCCUGCGGCCUUCACACCCUCAUCUUGGGGGUGUCCGUCGCCCAACGACUAACGGACAGCCAGCAGGGCCCCAUGCUGGUGAGACAGCUGCUGGCCAACCUGAUCUUGUACCUGUGUGCAGCCUGCAUGGGCGUGCUGUCCCACUAUAUGGCGGACAGGAAGUACCGGACGGCCUUCCUGGAGGCACGUCAGUCCCUGGAGGUCAAAAUCACCCUCGAGGAGCAGAGCACCCAGCAGGAAGAGUUGCUGUUGUCCAUCUUACCCAAACACAUUGCGGAUGAGAUGCUGCAGGGCAUGAAGGAACAGGCCAAUCAGAGUGAAGGCCAGCAACAGCAGUUCAACACCAUGUAUAUGUACCGCCAUGAGAACGUCAGCAUACUUUUUGCUGACAUUGUUGGUUUCACCCAGCUGUCAUCGGCCUGCAGUGCCCAGGAACUAGUGAAGCUGCUCAAUGAACUGUUUGCGCUCUUUGACAAACUGGCAUCGGAUCACCACCAGCUAAGGAUUAAGAUCUUGGGGGACUGCUACUACUGCAUCUGUGGCCUACCGGACUACAGGGAGGACCACGCCACCUGCUCCAUCAUGAUGGGUCUCGCCAUGGUGAAGGCCAUCUCGUACGUGCGGGAGAAGACCAACACGGAGGUGGACAUGCGCGUUGGGGUCCACACGGGCACGGUGCUGGGCGGCGUGCUGGGCCAGAAGAGGUGGCAGUUUGACGUGUGGUCCACCGACGUCACCGUGGCCAACAAGAUGGAGUCGGGGGGCAUCCCCGGGAGGGUCCAUAUCUCCCACAGUACCAUGGAGUGUCUCUCCGGGGAGUUUGAAAUGGAGGCGGGGUGUGGAGGGGACAGGUGUGAGUACCUGUUGGAGAAGGGCAUCGAGACCUACCUUAUCCUGUCCCCCACAGCCAAUGGCAAUGGGGUCAAUGGAAAUAGAGGCGCACUGCCCGCCAGCAACUCCACACAGCUGAUAAACACCACCGUCACUAACGGCCACGCUGGCUCUAACCUGGCUGUAGCCACAGAGAAUAAGGGGGUGAUCACUGUGAGCGGUGGGCUGAACGAGGAAGAGGAACUCAACAGUAGACUGCAACAGGAGCUGCUGGACCGAGAAAAUGAGAACAUUAUGAAGGAGCACCACGUGAACCCCUUGCUGCUGCACUUCACCGACGGCGAGCUGGAGGCUCGGUACUCCUCGGAGAAGGAGGGGAGGAGCGGCGUGGCCUUCGGCUGCUGCUGCGUGGUGCUCCUCUUCAUCACAGCCAUGGAGGUCUUCAUCGACCCCUGGCUGUCGGUGAACUACGUCACCCUGGCCAUCGGAGAGGUGCUGCUUGUCAUCCUGACAGUCUGCUCCUUGGCCGCCAUCUUUCCCAGGAGGUUCUCCAGAAGGCUGGUGUCGUUCUCUGUUUGGCUCGACCGCACGCGCUGGGCCAGGAACACCUGGGCCAUGGCGGCCAUCUUUGUGCUCACCAUGGCGGAGAUCGCAGACAUGCUGAGCUGCGUCCCCCUCCUGGUCCACGAGUUCAACACGAGCCGCGUCGCGUCCCCGGAGACCCCCCCCCCCGGGGAGCGGCACUGCGCGGAGAACCCCAAGCACUACAGCUUCAUGGCGGUGACGUCGCUCAUAGCGACCGCCAUGCUGGUGCAGGCGAGCCACCUGGUGAAGCUGGCGCUCAUGGUGAUGGUCGUCACGGCGACCGGCGCCGUCAACAUCUUCAGCUGGCGCGACUUGUACGACGCGUACGACUCACUGGGGUCCGCCGCGCACAGAACCUUCAUGGUACCGUCCAAGUACCUGAUGACAAUGAUGAUCAUCGUCAUGAUGAUCAGCUUCUACUGCUUUGCCCGACUUGUGGAGCGUCAGUCGCGGAAGCUGUUCCUGUGGAAGAUCGGGGUGCACGACCAGAAGGAGCGGGUGUUAGAGAUGAGGCGCUGGAACGAAGCCCUGGUCACCAACAUGCUGCCAGAGCAUGUGGCCAGGCACUUCCUGGGCACCAAGAAGAGAGACGAGGAGCUGUACAGCCAGUCUUAUGAUGAGAUUGGUGUGAUGUUCGCCUCCAUACCAAACUUUUCCGACUUCUACACCGAGGAGGGCAUCAACAACGGAGGCAUCGAAUGUCUUCGGAUCCUCAACGAGAUCAUCUCCGACUUUGACAGCCUAUUGGACAGGGAUGGAUUCCGUUUCAUCACGAAGAUCAAGACCAUAGGCAGCACGUACAUGGCUGCCUCAGGGGUGACCCCAGAGAGUAACACCAACGGAUACACCAACCGCAAGCCAGAGGACCAGUGUUUGAUCGAGCGCUGGCAGCACUUGGCUGACUUGGCAGACUUUGCCCUGGCCAUGAAAGUCAUCCUCACCAACCUCAACAAGCAGUCGUUCAACAACUUCAUGCUCCGCAUUGGUCUCAAUAAGGGGGGGGUGCUGGCUGGGGUCAUUGGGGCUCGUAAACCUCACUAUGACAUCUGGGGAAACACCGUCAACGUCGCCAGCAGGAUGGAGUCCACAGGAGUGAUGGGAAACAUACAGGUGGUAGAAGACUGCUAUAUGAUCCUGAAGGAAUAUGGCUUCCGUUUUGUUCGAAGAGGACCCAUUUUUGUCAAAGGAAAAGGGGAGCUGCUCACCUUCUUCAUGAAAGGCAAAGAUAAACCCAGUACUAAUGGAAAGGUUCUGGUCCAAACCAUUUUACCACACCAGGUGCUUGAGAUCUCCUGACCAAUAGCGCCUACAGCAGCAUCCAUAACACAUGCAUGAUUCGACAUAUAUUCAAACAGCCUUAACAUAUUCACACUUAUAUUUACAUAGAGCUCAAUCCGUCAAAACAACUAGUCACAUGAAGCAUCUGCAAUUAGGAGAGUAUUAAUAUUUUCUUAAGCGAUCAUAUGCAUUGUAUCAACAUUUUUUCCAUUGGAAAAUAUAUUAUUUAAAGACUUCAUUCUGCUUGUUAUAUUCAUGAAGCUGGAUAAUCAUGUUAUUGAUUUUUUUUACAAAUAGGUCCCUGCUUAAAGUGUUAAAGCUUAGACUGGACCGAAAUAUUUUUUUCUAAUGUUCUUAGUUUGUUGUACAUUGAGGCAGCGCUGUAAUGUUGUUGGCCCAUUGUUCAAAUGAUUUGCCUUUAAUAUGUUCCCCCAACCACACACUCUAAAAUGUUACAAUAGCCUAAGCUUAUUUUAAUGAAAGUACAUUAGUAAUAUCUAGCCAACCUCUAGAUGUCAGCAUUACAGCCCAUAGUAGAAUCUGGAAGAUAAACUUUAUUAUACGUCCAUGCACAAAGUUCCAUGCAUUAAGCGUAAUAAUGUCGAUUUAUUUUAAGUCUUUAAGAUAAAGAAGUUAAUGUAUAAUAUAAUUGUAUUGUAUUUAUUGCAUAAAUAUGUAAAUAAUGACAUUUGUAAAUAAAGUUGAAUG